UUGCAGUCAAAGUCCAAUCAAAUCCAUUCCCCCACUUCCCCCUUUGCGCUCUUCAUUCCAACCACCACAGUCAAGUCAUUCAAACGAAAAGAGCCAAAAUGCGCCAAGCAAGCAAUGCGCGGCUGCUUCUGUUGGUGGCGCUGCUGCUGCUGCUGAUCAGUGUUGCGGUGACGAGCCAGAUUGCGUGGGCAAUCACAGCAGAGAGCGAUGGUGCUGCUGAACAAGUGAUCGACUGGGACGCCGGCUCGCUCGACGGGAGUGGCCGCGAGACAGUCCUGGGCUUUGAUGCUGGCGACGACGGCUAUGCGGGCAGCGUCGGGGGGACGUCCGCCGAGCUGUUCGAGUACCUGCUGCACCCAGUCUCAACCCGCGCCUUCCUCGACAACUACUGGGACCACUCGCCGCUCGUCGUCCACCGAUGCCGCCAUGUCGAUGCUCGCACUGGACUCCGCCUUGGUCUGGAGCGGCCGUCAGCCAGCAAGUCCGCCAAUUCCGCGGCACCCGACUCGCCGCCCAAUCCCACUGUUGAUUGCCAUCCAGAGUCCGAUUCUGGUGAUGCGAAUGCUGCGGAUGAGCCGCGUUUCGUCAUCCGAGACUCAAGAUCCACUGCCAAGACCGAUACAAGCGAUGCCGAGCACUCUCGCGCAAACCACGAGCGCGACAAGUAUUCCGACAAUGAGGCAAACAGACACCCUCCAUUGCCAGUCUGUCCGGACGGCUCACCCGCUGUCCCAGUGCACGACUAUUACGCCGAUCUGCUCUCCCGCGACGACAUUGACCAUCCCCUGUGGUUUGCCUCGCUGCGACAGACUGGACCGACCAGUCAGCAAGCAUCCUCACAGGAACCACACGCUACCUACGCUUCGGGCGCGCCGCUCGUGAUUGACUUGCAAUCCCACUUUAUUCGAAAGGUCGACCGCCUGUUGCACUACCUCGGCGGGUUGACCGGGACGCGAGUCUCGGGCUUUGCUCACUUGGCUCCGCGCGCUGCACGUGCCUCCGCUCCUCGGUACGAUGUCGACAACCUCAUCAUUCUUCAGAUGGAAGGGAAGAGCUCUUGGCGGCUGUACCGCCAAGAAAUGGCCUACCCACUCGCAGCCAAAGAGCUGGCUCGCCGACAGACAUUCAAGCGCGUCGAGCUGGAUGCGCCAGAGCACCAGGUGGUCUUGCAAGCGGGUGAUUUGCUUCAUGUGCCUCGCGGUUGGAUUUACGACGUCGAGUCGCUGGCAGACGACCAAGACUUUCAUCUGACCGUGCGCCUCAAUCCUUCAGGCUCGACAAUGCGAGACCUCAUGCACUCGGUCGUGUAUUUUGCAGCGCAUACCAACUCGCACUCGCCCCUGUCCAAAGCGGUGCUCGCCGAUGUCUCGCAGCAGAAGGUGCGAGAAGACUAUUUGCACACCCUGAUCGACCGCAGCACCGCCGCGGACGGCCGCUUCCGCCAAAGUCUGCGGCUGGGCUGCUGGGGAGGCCAUCACACGGUUGUUUCCGGAGCCACAUUUCAGACGGUGCGAGAGUUGGUGCGCAUUCUCGCACAGUCGCCAGUCGUCGACAGCACGCAUGGCAGCGUCAAAACCAGUCUGUCUCGGAGCUUGGAGCUGCUGCUCGAAACCUUUUCCAUGAACUGGCCCAGCGCGUGGAGCCCCGGUGUGUGGGACGAUCCGUUGGUCGCGGACGCCGCCCAGAAGCUGGCGUCGCUCGAUGUGUUGACACCCAUGCACAUCCAGCCGCAAGGGUCGCCUCCUCGUGCGCUCCUGCCUUUUCAUCCCACAAUGCUUGACGUCUUUUUGCACGAUGAGGGCUGGAUGGCUGCCACGGCACUGUCAAACAAGCCUUGGCAAGAUUUUCUGGCCAAUUUUCAAGUCUUUACCCAGCGGCGUGCCCUGGUCGAGCAGCAGCAGCUGAGCAUUCGACGCGAGGCUCGAAAGCAAGACAAGCGCGGUCGCAUUGAUGCGCCGGCCCUUCCACUGCCCCCAACCGGCCCCGUGCCGCCGGAUUGGCAUCGAUGGCGGAUGCUGAACAAUGGCGUGCUGUCACACUGGGAAGACAUGCAGACUGUCUUAUCCGAGGACCAGCACAUGGAACGUCCGUUUGACGUUGCAGGUCUGCCAGCCUAUGGCUCGAGUGAGUGGCUGGUCGUGAGCAACGCCUUGUCUUCGCUCAUCACCUCGCACGAGACCGAGUCGCGCCCGGCCUCUGCGCCCGCAUUCGACCAGCUGGAUUUGAUUCGUGAACAGCUGACCGAAUCAACGCUUGUGCGAGCCGUGCCAAAGACUGAGGGCCAACUGCAGUACAUUGAAGCUCGGGGCGGGCUGUCCGAUUCGCUUCGAGAACUCUUGAAUGCCACCCGAAACACCAUUCACCCGCUAUUGCACCCAUUGCUGCUACCUCCCGUGCUGUACCGCGACCCCAUCCCGGAGGCGGCCUUUGUCUUCAACGGCCUUGCCAUCCCCGUUGCUCGACGAUUGCUGUUUGCAAUGCAGUUUGUUCUCUCCCGCACCUCGCUGUCCACAGUCCAUCUCGAGUACGAUGCCCGCAUCCGCCAUCAAGAGCAAAUGGUAAUGCUGGACAUUGACGUGCCGCCACCCAGUCUCGAAUCUGAAACGCUUCGCCAAUUCCGCAUUUCCGAUGUUCCCAUCCCCCGCGAAGCAAUGCUCUUGAACGAGUAUCGCCAGGAGCAAGUCCAGCUCGUGCGGUUAUUUGUUGUGCUUGGUCUUGUCGAGGUUGUUACGCUUUGAACCGAAUUCUGCAACAAAUCAACGACGCUGCAUCCAUUCUGGCAAACAACCCCACGCUUGCUGACUACAUUCAAUAGGCUUCAAUAGGCUGCUUUAUGAUCACGAGCAUGGGAGCGUAGGCCUCCAUUGACAAUGACUUUGGCAGCACCAAAAAUGGAUUCGUCGUUUUGAAUAGUUCGCGC